CAGCUAAAUGUUACCACUGGAUGUCAGUAGCAAUAAGGAUGAUUGACAGGGAUGCUGCUCAUGCUUAUGAAAUGUCGGUCAGCUUGAGAGUCAGCAAUUGAUUUGUCUUGAUCACUAAAAUAUUUAGCAUGUUAGCUUCGUGGAUUCAUCAACAGACAUUUUGGAUAACACGUUUAAGUUACUGAACUUGGGGGAAACUGAAGCCCAGUCAAAUUUAUGUUGUAUCUUUGUUUUCUAGUUUACAACACAAAAUUCCUUAGUCUGAUUUAAGCAACCAGAAAGCAUGGUGAUUGCCGUUAUGUUAAGAAAACCAUGUCUGCCUGCUGCCUGGGAGCAGAGGACAAGCAGCUUUUUUUACGGCUUGUUCUAUUUAAAUUUGUAGCUAAUGACCAUCUUUCCAGUUACUACCAACAUCCUCUCUCAAACAUACUCUUCCCAAACCGAGUCCUAAGGGCACAAGAGCUCACUUGAAAAACAUUUUUCAGCCACAAAGCUCUGCAGGCAGGGCUACCUUGCCACAAGACAUGGCAGACGCGUUAGGUGGUAACGCCAGAGCUGCUGCUCGCUGUGGUUGUGUCUGUCGGUCCGGGCCCCUGGUGCUCCGGGAGUGGUGAUGCUGCACCCCACCGUACACAUGAGAUGGGCUCCCCAAAGCUUCUGGGGGAAAUGAGUUCUGGGGGGACGGGAACAUGGCCAAAUAACCCCCAUGGCUGGAACUCCAUUGCUGGCAGCUCCAGGGGCCCCUUGCCAGAGCGUUACCCCAUCAUUUGGCCUGUGCUGACGGGGGCAGGUGAGAUUAGUUUUGCAGCUGAACCAUGGGCUUGGCUGCUGAGUUCAGGAUUAUUUCUCUGGGUUAUGAAACAGGUGGCAGAGAAAACCUGGUCUGAAUCCAAACUGAAACUGUUUCCAAGCCUUAAUGCACUGGAACUUCAGUUUUUAAAAAACAAACAAAAAACCCAAAGCAUUGCUAUGUGCUUUGUUUUAUUCUCAUGAGGGGAGUCACCUUUCUUGUACACACUGCUUCUAACACUUGUUUUAUAUAUAAUGGUGAUGAAUUUACUUCCAUAUGGAUCUUUCUCCUGUGUAUUUAAAAAUAAGAAUGUUUCUUCUAAUGUCAAGAGACUUUCUGAUGUGUUUUCUUUUUAGGAAACCAAAAGAUGAAAUAUUUAGGUGAGCUUUUGUCUUCCGUAAUUUCAUAAAUUAAGCAUUUGAAAUCCUUAAGCAAACCAGCAAAACACGUGUGAAGCUUCAGCAGUUCAAAACAUCCUAUGCAAUGAUGAAAAGUCUUCCAUGGAGAACGACACAGGUUAAAACCCCAUGGUUUUAGGAUUGUUUUAGUAACCCACUACCCAGGAAGCACAUUUGUGAUGACCAAGGCUUUCGUGCCAGAAAGCCUGCGUUCUAGUUUAGUUGCUUUCUUCUCUUCCCGCCCCCCCCCCAAGCUCGGUGUCCCACUUCAGUGGCUGUAACUGAGCACAACUGUUGGCUGUAGUAAAGCUGAAGUAGAUUACACCAGCAAGGAUUUCAGUCUGCAGUGUUUACUAUCGUGCCAGCCCACAGCUGAGAAUGAAUCUGUGAAUUUUUUUAUACGUAGCACAUGGGUUUGCAAUCAGCCAAAUAUAGCAGACUCUUGGGCCAGAAUGAAAAAACUCAGCCAUUUGUGAUGCGUAGCUUAAUUAAAAUAUUAAGAUGCCAGAAACUUCCAGCUUUAUUGUAAUGGUAAAUAACCAUCUUUGGCCAAUAUAACUGUGCUUUAUUAGCCUGUAAAUUUAGUCUGUGUUAUAAAGGAGUAUUAGAGCGUAGGUUUCCUGGUUGUUGAAUACUGAUUUAAUGCUGCCCUCUAGAGGAGAUAUUUUUUUACUAAAGGAACAAAUUUUAUGCUAGGACAAAUUUUAUGCAAAUUUUAUGCUGUGAUGCUGUUCCUUAAUUGCCAGCACACACAAGGAUGGGCACACCUUUUGCAUAACUAUAUUAUGCAAAUAGGUAUUUGUAAAAUAGCAGUGCAUAGAUAGAAACUUUAAUCGUUUUUCCAAAACUGGUAUGUAUGUCUUGGGAAAUACCAUUAUAUCCUCACUACUUCCAGUUCUUUUUAGUCCCAUUGUUGCCCAAUUUAAAGCGUUACACAAAUAAAAUCUAUCUGUAGUAGGUUACCUGUCAAGUUUCCAUUUUUAAAUUUUAGAGCAUGGAAGCUCUGAAUUAUUUUCUUUACAGACAACAGAUUUAUCUUUAAGAUAUGUAAAGAUAUUAGUAGUAUCAUGUAAAAAUUUACAUGUCCCAAAACCACUUAUCCUGGACAAAUACUGUAGGUAUCUGGUGGAAGUCAGAUCAGUGAGUUUGGUUCCAACUUGCACUAGCACAGCUGUGUCCUUAGUAGGUGUCCAAGGGUGGAGUAAAGCCUCAGUACUGCUUGCUUUAUUUGAAGCUCCUAAGUUUUACCUGUUAAGUAUCAGCUGAUGUGCUUAGCCACACAGCCAGCCUUCCAGUUGUGUAACCAGGAAGCUUUUCAAGUGAGAGGUGAAGUAUUUGGAUAGAUUUCAAGAGGCCUAAGACACUGUAUCUUGCCAAGGCACUUGUCGUGGCAUAUGCUGGCCUUGGCAACUUUUCAGGAGAGCAUUUAUGUAAGAAUAUUUGUCGGACUCUUUUGCAAUAGUAAUUUUUGGGGGGAGAAAAAGGAGGGGGGAGAAAAACAUCUGGUCACUCUAGUUAGUCCAGUCUCACUGUUAUUUACUGGAGUCACCUGUGUUUUAAUUGUGUCCUUGGCACUGCAGUGAACCUGACGGUAAUUAGUACAGUUUGAAAUACUAUACAUCUGCUGCAGGCUGAAGGAAACCAGUGAGUAAAAAAAUCCGUUUCUUAAACUUUGUUUUUCUUAUCAUUUACAUUUGUAAGCUUAAAAUUACUUUUAGUAUUUUCAUGUCCCCAGGUGAACUACUGCAACUUUUCCAUAUGCUUGUGUACUAGAUGGCACAACAAAAGGGACGUCUAGCUGUUGUGUCAUCUGCAGCUAAAGUAAGUGCCGAAAACCUGUCACUUAGAAAUGAAUGGAAGAAGGACUUAAUAGAUUGUGUGACUCUAUACUACUGUAGAGAGCCUGGGGGAAAACCACAGGAAAGCUGGGAAACAUGAGUUUUCAAUGCAUAAAAAGUGGCAUUAUUGACAACAGAGUGGAAUAAGAAAUACAUUAUUAACAUCUGUGGUUUUCCUGUGUCUUAGGACAACAAUCAAUCCCUGUUUGCUAAGUUCUGCUAGAAGUUGCCUCAUAGUUGCGCAGUUUCAUGGAACAGUCAGCUUGUUUGUGUGUCUGUGUGUGGUUUCUUAUAUAAUGUAGAUAUUAACGAAUAGAAACUUAAAAUGGAGAUGUCCCAACUAUCUGUAAAUGACACCAAUACCACUUGCUGCUUUUUUAUACGCUGUUAAACACUGCGUUAUACGCUUAACUUUGAGAAGUGCAUUUUGCGUAAUGUUAUUAAGUAUAGGUGGGUGCAUAUCAAAAGCACCCACGGAAUUUCCAAAUUAAGCAGAAGAGGUAGUAAAUUGCCAUCAGCUAGAAUGCAAGUUGGAGUCCUGUUGCAUUUGCUGGUUAUUUUCAUAGAUGGAGUGCAGUUUUAUAGACAAUUUCAUAACAUAGCAACUUUGUGCUACUAUUUGGGGUUCUUUUUCCUGGUAUCUUACAAAGCAAUCAAAAACAUUCAAUAUGAUGAAUGUUCAGCACAAAAUACACAGUCAAAACUGAAAGCCACCUGCUCUGUUGCAUUAAAAUACUUAGGACAUAGAAAUAUUUUAAAACUGGCAUGUACACUAGCAUUUCUGAAACAACAUAAUUUGAGAAACUAUACCUGCUGGUAUUUAUAAAACCUAAAUGAAAAUCAUACUUUUUGUAUACAGUUUAGAAAAAUACAUGCAAUGUGUGCUAUAUCUGUCCAUAAUUGUUUUGAAAUUAUGCUGAUAGGGCUUAAUCCUCUACCAUGUUAUGCAAGUGUCCGUUAUUUAUGUGAGUGGUUGCAUUGCUCCAGUAAGGCUGUUGAGGGGAGAAAGGGCUAUUCGCGUGUGUGUGCAGUUUGGACACCUUGUGAAAAUUAAGUUUUUGUUUUGAAUGUAUUCACAUGGUAUUUUAUACAAAGCUGACUAAAUUUCUGUAAAAUGUAUCACCUUUAAAAAGAAAUAUAUAGAGAUAUUAAAAAUACAGAACAUGUACUUAACAUCUCUAUUUGCAAACUGUUUGUGAUUUUUAACCAUGUAUGUGCCAUGAAAAUAUUCUAUUUACUCAUUUCUUUGGGGAACAACUACUUUAAAAAUGAAGGCAUUAAUGACAGUAUUUCUUAUCCAUUGUUUUAACAUGUUAAAAUGGUAUUAAUUAGUACUGCAUCAUGUAUUUCUAGUUUAAAGCUGUAAUGGACAGUACAUUAGCUUGAGACCUCCAAAAAUAUUUUUUCUUGUGCUUUCUGUAAUAAAAGCAAAGACUAGAUUUUUAAGUGGUCUCUCUGUACAGAUUGCUUUUAUAAUUGUGUGAAUAUGUAUAAUGAACUCUGCCUUUAUAACCAAGAAUAAACUUUCCAAAUUGUAAAUGUUCAGGUUGUUAUUAUAAAUAGCUAGUAAAUAUCUUAACCAGACAAGAGUUCAAAUAAAGAUUAACAGCCAUUAUUAACUUUUCCUCCACUGUCUUUUGUUACGUAAAACCUGAUUUUUAUGCAACAACUGAGUUUGACUUCCUAAAUUCAAUCUAACUUCAAGUGCAUAGCAAUUUGGUUUUGAAUUCUCCAUAUUACAGAAAAUUUAAAUUGCUCCUGUGUUUAUCAAAUAACUGCAACUAAUUAUUGGUGUAUAUCUAGUAUAUCUGGUCAGCAACAAAGUGCCAAGCAUGUAGUUUUAAAAGGGUCUGCUCCAUUUUCCUAGAGUCGUCUUAACAGAUGAUGUCAGUUUAAAACAAAAGAAUGUGAACAUGUACUUGGAAGGAAAAAAAAAAGGCAUCUUUUGGAAAGAAGCUCCUUAAGUUUGUGAACGCAGUUAUGGGAUACAACACCUGCAGAGGACUCAACAUCCUUUCUGGUUCUUUAUCUUCCUAUUUUCCUUUAAGUCAUUCCAAUCACAUAGGAAUGAAGGAAUGACUGACCAUUCUAAUCUGAUGAUAGCACUUUCUUUUUUAAUCCUAUUGACUAUCCUAGGACUGGCUUUUGAGUUAGUCCAUCAGGUCUACCUACCUGUCACAACAUAAAUGAUUUGGGUUUGCUUUUGCUUAAAUAGUGAACUAUGUGUGAACAAUUAAUACAGUUGUAACACCUAGGCUACCAUCUCAAAUUAUUUUCAACUGUAAAAGAAACUUUCUUGAUGUGUAAGUAUUUCAAAAGAGAGAGUGUUUUGAUAUAGCUGUAAUAAUGAUCCUGAAGAGCCCUCAGAAACAUGUUAUUACCUCUGAGGUGCCUGGUAACCGAGUGGGAUCUGGGGCCGUAUGCCCCCACCUGUGGUGUAACACCAGGAGGUAUAGUUUCCACAUGAGCUGCCAGCAGCCUUGCAGGACCCCAGUAAACGCAGCCUCUCCCCUGUUUGUGCUAUGGGACCUCGGGGCUGAAGUCACCACUCCUGAUGCUGCAAGAGAAGAGUCCAGCCUCACAGCCGGAGGAGCCCAAAACCACUGGUGAGUUACUGUUCUACUCCUUGGGAAAACAGCUUGCCUAAAGCUACAUUUGGGGUGUUACUGGGGAGGGGCCGGGAAGUCAGGGGCUGGGCUCUAAGGGAGGUGCACAGUUACAGUGCUGCUAGGGCGCACACAGGAGCAAUGCCCGUGUCCUUGUGCAGCUAACCGUCACGGUAAGGCGCUUUGUCCCGCAGCUACGCUCAGCACGGCUGUUGCAGCGCUUCCUCCCCGGCAGACGGCAGCACCGGCUCGGCCAGCAGCCCGGCGCGGCCCGCAGGGGGCGCCGCGGUGGCGAGGUGCCGCGGGCCCCUCCCCGGCCCGGGCCGCCCUCCGAGGGAGGAGGCACCUCCGCGGCCUGGCCCGGGCCCUUCUGAGGCGGCGAGAGCGGCCAUGUGGCAGGGGCAGCGCUCCCGGCAGGAGACCCUGGCCUUGCGGCAGCAGCUCAUCGGCUCUUCUUGCAAGCUGUUUUUUUCUAAUGAUCCGGUGAAGAUCGUAAAGGCGAAAGGCCAGUAUAUGUAUGAUGAGAAUGGAAGACGGUACCUUGACUGCAUAAACAAUGUUGCUCAUGUUGGACAUUGUCACCCCGAUAUAGUAAAAGCGGCCCAUGAACAAAAUCAAUUGUUAAAUACAAAUUCUCGUUAUCUUCAUGACAACUUGGUUGAUUAUGCAGAGAGACUUUCAAAAACGCUACCUGAGAAGUUAUGCAUCUUUUAUUUUUUGAACUCUGGAUCUGAAGCUAACGAUCUUGCCCUACGAUUGGCACGCCAGUAUACAAAACGUGAAGAUGUUAUAGUUUUAGACCAUGCUUACCACGGACAUCUGACAUCCUUGAUUGACAUAAGCCCAUAUAAAUUCAGAAAUCUAGAAGGACAAAAGGAAUGGGUCCACGUGGCUCCAGUUCCAGACACAUACAGAGGAGUUUACAGAGAAGACCAUGAAGAUUCAGUAACAGCCUAUGCUAACGAAGUGAAAAUCAUUAUUGAGCAAGCACAGGAGAAAGGCAGAAAGAUUGCUGCUUUUUUUGUUGAAUCUCUGCCGAGCGUGGGUGGUCAAAUCAUACCACCACCAGGCUAUUUUCAGAAGGUUGCAGAGCACGUGCACAAGGCAGGAGGUGUAUUUAUUGCUGAUGAAAUUCAAGUUGGCUUUGGCAGGGUUGGCAGGCACUUUUGGGCAUUCCAGCUUCAAGGAGAAGAUUUUAUACCUGAUAUUGUCACUAUGGGGAAACCAAUAGGAAAUGGGCACCCUAUUGCCUGUGUAGCAACAACAAAAGAAAUUGCAGAAGCAUUUGCAGCCACAGGAGUAGAGUAUUUUAAUACAUUUGGAGGAAACCCUGUUUCAUGUGCAAUUGGAUUAGCUGUGUUAGAUGUGAUUGAGAAGGAACACCUUCAGGCUCAUGCCAUGGAAAUAGGCAACUUCUUGAUGAAGCUACUCAAAGAGCAGAAAACCAAACAUCCCAUCAUUGGUGAUGUCAGGGGUUCUGGCUUAUUCAUUGGAGUGGACUUAAUCAAGGAUCAAGCAGAAAGGACCCCAGCCACAGAGGAAGCAGAGUAUCUAAUAACAAGACUUAAGGAAGAAUACAUCCUACUGAGUACAGAUGGGCCAGGAAGAAAUGUGCUUAAGUUCAAGCCCCCAAUGUGCUUCAAUAUGGAGGAUGCAAAAUUUGUUGUGGACACAAUUGACAAAGUACUAACAGAGAUGGAAAAAGAAUGUCUGAACCAGCAGAAAACAUCCACUUGUUCUACCUGAGCAGGUUUCAAACAAUGUUCAAGAUCUACUACUAAGAAACAUUAUUCUACUAUAAUAAUGCACAUUUAAUCUUCAUCCUAGCAUGUAUUAAACCAGAUAAGUUAUCUUUGAUUUUGUUACUUUCGGUUACCAUUACUAGUAAAAAGCUUUAGGAGAAAUAAAUUUUACAAGAGCUUGUUUCAACUCU